AUGCAACAUCUAGACACGAAUUUGGGAAGUGAAGCUGAUACUGUGGUGACGAGCCCUUGGGAUACCGGAGAAGUCGGCUUAUUCUACCCUAACAACUUGAAAAAUAAUCACGUAAAGACCAAGCAUCACACUCUCAUAUUCCACAAUGUCUAUGCCUUUGUCAGUCACCUUCGAGCCCUCAUCGGCUUCAAGCUUGAGAAUGAAAUGAGGGCCAAUAUCCAGUCAUGCUUACGCGAAGAAGCCCUGGAGUGGUUCAUCACAGAACUCAACAACUCCAAGAGGCACGCCCUUCAAACACUUCCACUUGAGGAGGGGUGGUUCAAGCAGCUACUGCAACGAUUUAGCGUGCCCCCAAGAAGAGCACUUUUUCGAUGUGAAAGGGUCGAUUUCUCCGUGGGAAAUGUCUAUCGAAAGACACACAAUCUAGUGCGAAAUCUCCAAGCAGCUGGUAAACACGAUGAAGAUAAGCAGGCGAGGGCUAUCUGGCGCAAGCUUAACUCAUCACAUCACUACAAAGAGAGUAUCCCUCUACCUAAACCAGGUGCCCCAUUAUCAAAGCUUCUACGGGACAUCCAUUUCCUGAGCCACGAGAAUGGGUACCAGGAAAAUGAUGAUGGAUCUGGCUGUGAUGAUGAUUAUGAUGACAAUAUUCACGGGAGUUAUGAAGUGGUGCAAAUGGAAUCCCGAGAACUGAGCGUCAGGUCUCAACAGCUUGAGUGCUUGGAAGACUCGAACGUUCUUCAUUCUUGUUUUGUUUUCGGAAUCAUGCCUCUAAGAUGA